AUGGAAUCCGUUGGAAUUACUCUCGAUGUUUGCACUCUCAAUGUUUUGAUUAAUUGCUUCUGCCAUCUGAACCGGGUCGAUUUUGGUUUCUCUAUCAUAGCAACAAUUUUGAAACUUGGAUAUCAACCAACCUGUAUAACUCUAAACACUCUUCUUAAUGGUCUCUGUCUUCAAGGUAAUAUUCUUGGAGCUUUGAGGUUGGUAGAUGAAAUGGAAAACAAAGGGUACCAACCUGAUGCAAUUACUUGUGGAACAAUAGUAAACGGUUUGUGUAAGAUUGGCCAUACUGGUGUGGCUAUUAGGUUGCUCAGGAAUUUAUGUAAGGACAAAUUGGUAACUGAGGCUUUGAACCUUUUGUCUGAAAUGAUAAGUAAAGGCAUUCAGCCAGAUGUUGUCACUUACAAUUGCGUAAUUCAAGGACUAUGCAAUUUAUGCCGGUGGAGGGAGGCUGCUACCAUGUUGAAUGAGAUGGGACAAAGGAAGAUCAAGCAAGAUGUGCAAAGCUUCAGCAUACUGGUGGACACACUAUGCAAGGAAGGGAUGUUGAGUGAGGCAAAAAAAGUUUUUGAAGUGAUGAUUCAAAGAGGCAUUGAGCCUAACAAUGUCACUUACAAUUCUUUGAUUGAUGGUUAUUGUUUGCAAAACCAAAUGGAUGGGGCAAUUAAGGAAUUUAAUAUGAUGGUUGAGAAGGAUUGUUCACCCGAUGUGUUUAGCUAUAACAUAUUGAUCAAUGGAUAUUGCAAAAGUAAAAAAAUUGAUGAGGCAAUGUGUAUCUUUCAUGAAAUGUCCUACAAGGGAGUGAUUCCUAAUGUUGUGACUUACAACACUCUUAUUGAUGGGUUUUUCAAAGUGGAGAGACCCCAGGCUACACUAGAGCUAUUCCAUAAGAUGCAAGCUUGUGGCCAACAUCCAAUUCCCCAAACCUAUAACAUCUUGUUAGAUGGAUUUUUUAAGAAUAGACGAAUUGUUGAGGCAAUGGCAUUGUUUCAGGAGAUGGAAGAAAAAAAGUUGGACCACGAUAUUGUGUUUUACAACAUCUUGAUUGAUGGUUUUUGCAAUGUCGGGGAACUUACAACUGCAAGAGAAAUUUUUAGCGGUCUUUUUGCAAAAGGAUUGCAACCUAAUAUUCAGACUUACAAUAUAAUGAUCAAUGGAUUUUGCAAAAAUGAACUAAUUGAUGAAGCAGGUGAGCUGCUUGAGGAAAUGGAUAGCAACGGUUGUUCACCUAACCAUUACACAUACAACAUAUUAAUCCAAGGGUUAUUGCAACAUGGUGACACAGCAAAGGCAAUGAAAUAUCUCAAAAUCAUGGUUGGCAAGGGAUUUUCAGCAAACGCAACAACUGCUGCCAUGUUUAUUGACUUGCUAUUGUCUAAUCAAGUAGAUGAUAAUAUUCGAGAGCUGCUUCCAAAGUCUAGGUUCUUAUAUGAGGCAGAGGCAUGUUCUUUCCCAUAUUCAUGGAACCUGUUCCCAAUUCGUUCAUUUGACAGGUUCUGUAAUCUGGAGAUUCUUCAGAAGGUGUCUGGACCACCAAGAAGUUCUGGGCAAGGGAUGCAGAAAGUAGUAAGUUCAGGGAGCAAGGUUAAUUGA